AUGUGUCGCGUCCGUAUCGUCAUCUGUUCCCUGGCCUGUUGCGCCUCCGCACUGUCAUGGUUCGCCGGACCGGCCCGUUCGCAGGCGCUUGUCGAUGUCUGCUCGGGCUUGAGCGUCGAUCUGCCGGUGCUCGAUCCUGUCAGCAACGCGGCGUCCGGCCUGCUGAGCGGCCUGCUCGAUCCGGUGCUCAAUCUCAUCAUCGGCGAGAUCAACACCGACAUUCAGGCGCCGCUGAGCGGCCAGAACAUCGGGCUGAGCGUUCUGGACACGGACGGAAAUGCUGUGGCUCUCGGGUCGGGCUGCCAGCUGCGCACGCAGGGCGUGGACAUCGACAACGGCGAAGGCAUCACCAUGGGCGGCGGCUCGAUCGACGGUCUUGGCGGCACCGGCAACCCGCUGGCAUCGGCAGGUGAAGCGGACGCGAUCGCGAUCGGCAACGGCGCCAACACCGCAGCCGGCGCGACCGGUGCCGUUGCGCUUGGUCUGCGUGGCACCGUGACCGCCAUCGACGGCGUGGCGAUCGGCCGCGACAGCACGGUCACCACGGCGGGCGGUCUUGCCCUCGGUGCGGGCUCGGUGGCCGGCAGAACCGGCAUGGCGGGCGCCGAUGAGGCGUUUUCCGGCACGUCCGUGGCCUCGUCGGCCGGCGCGGUUUCGGUCGGCACGGCGGGCGGCGAACGGCAGAUCACCAACGUCGCCGGCGGUACCGCCGACACCGAUGCGGUCAAUCUGCGCCAGUUGCGUGCGGUCGGCGACAAUCUGGCCGGCGCGCUCGGAGGCGGCGCGGCGUUCGACCCCGCCACAGGCCUUUUCACCGAUCCCGGUUUCACGAUCCGCGGGACGACCCACAACGAUGUCGGAUCGGCGCUGGCCGCCCUCGAUACGGCGCUGACGGUGGUCGAUGGCGACUUCGGCGUGAUCGCCGCCAACAAUACGUCGGGCCUUGCGGCAGCGGCGGCAACGGGCGACGACGCUUUGGCCGUUGGCUGGGGCGCCGGGGCCGCGGGCACCGAUGCGACGGCAACCGGCGCCGGCGCCCAGGCGAAUGGCGACCGGUCGGUGGCCCAAGGUGCGCGCUCGGUCGCUUCGGGCAGCGGCGCGACCGCUGUCGGGCAUGGCGCAUCGGCGACCCAUGCGGGGUCGGCCGCGCUGGGCGCCGGCGCCAGCACCGGCCGCGCCAACCAGAUCGUCAUCGGAACGGGGGCCAACACAUACACGAUGCCGGGCAUUGCCUCGGACGCAAGCCGUGCGGCGCAAUCGGGACCGACGCAGAUCGUGACGACCGACGCCGGCGGCAACCUCGCCGCCGUGCCGCUGCAGUCGCUGCUGGGCGACCUUGCCAGCGCGGUCGGGGCGGACAUCGACAAUCUGAACCGCCGCAUCGACCAGGUCCAGACCGAAUCGCGGCGCGGCAUCGCAGCGGUUAUGGCAAUGGCCAAUGCGCCGAUGCCGUCGGCCCCCGGCCGCACCACCUGGGCGGCCAAUAUGGGGGUCUACAAGUCCGAGUGGGCCAGCGGCUUCGCCGUCGCACACCGGCUGGACACGCCGAGGCCCAGCGGCAUCACGGCCGCCUUCAGCCUCAACGCCGACGGCCUGCCGGCGGCGCGGGCGGGCCUGUUCGGCGAGUUCUGA